UGAAUUGAUUCACCUCGAACCACAUCGUAUGUUUUUUUCUUAAAAAGUUAUAAUAUGCGUUAUAGAUAACGCGUGGAACCCAAUCUGUUAUGACGUGAUUCUUUAAGGAUAUACGGCGUUUGUCGAGAUUCUUGUAGGUCUAAUAUAUAAUAAUUUAAAAACAGAAUGACGUCAUGAAAUAAACACCCACAAACCUAAAGCAGCAACAAGAAUCCUAAACAGAAAUAAAAAUGUCGAUCGAAGCAGCAGUCAUAGCUUUAGCUCAGUUCGAUUUUGGGGGCAAAAUACGUGAUGACGAUUAUAUUGACGUCAUGAAUCACCUGGUUACACCUGGACUUCUGCUAUUGGCGGCCACAGCGACGUAUCUGAAACAGCUGCUGGGAGAUCCGAUUCAUUGCUGGGUACCUGCCGAGUAUAAAGACAGAGACAAUUUUUUGAAUUAUAUCGAGGGUUACUGUUGGAUCACCCCGAUGUAUAAUGUGCCUAUGGAGAGAGAGAUACCACAACUAGAGGAGGAGAGAAAUGACUAUACUAUGGGUUUUUAUAGAUGGGUUUCCGUCUGUUUACUCCUGCAAGCCCUCUCCUUUAAACUACCUCACGUUCUUUGGAAAACAUGGAAAGGGUUUUCAGGUAUGGAUCCGGAUAGAAUUAUCAAAAUGGCGGCCGACGGAGACAUGGAAGAACAGGAAGAAGAUGAAGAUGGCGGAAGGAAUAAAGAAAUGAGGGAAGGUGAUGCAGAUGGCGCUAAUAAUGAGCGGAAAGCUAAGGAGAAGGAGAAAAAGAAAACGGGAAAUAAAAAGAUUGGACCCCUGGCGGCUUUUAUUGACCGGCGUUUGAUAACCACCUUCCGUAGAAAAAAACGCGGAGGAAUUUGUGCCAAGCUCAACAUCUUCAGUAAAUCGUCGGGGUAUUUUCUAACCGUAUUCUUCUUAAUAGUUAAACUUCUGUACGCUGUGGUUAUCGUGGCGCAGUUCCUCGUCCUUUCCAAAUUCUUAAACAUUAACUUCUUUCAAUAUGGCGUUACGGCGGCCAUUAAGCAGACGGACUGGACCAGGUGGGAAGAUGAUGAGGUGUUUCCACGUAUCGCUUUGUGUGAUUUUCACAUCCGACAACUACAGAACAUUCAAACGUUCACUGUCCAGUGCGUGCUGUCUGUAAAUAUGUUCAUUGAGAAGAUAUUCAUGAUUCAGUGGGCGUGGUUCUUGUUUAUGUUGCUGUUGACGGCUGUUGGAAUAUUCAGGUCGUUCGUUGAUAAACUCUCUCGCUAUCGACGCAUCCUUUUUAUAAAGAAGCAUUUAACAAUCGGACAAGAUGUUGCUGAGUUCUGGCCUCCACCGAGGGCCUUCACUCCAUCCACGUCUCUUGAUAAAAACCGAUCCCCCAGGGAUAUUUUCAGGAAUCUAUCUGAUAAACAGAGGAGUCACGUGACGCGAUUGAUCGGGAACGAAUCCUUCCAGAGAAAGUUCGUCCGCGAAUAUCUACAAGCAGACGGUGUAUUUAUAUUAAAGUGUAUCCAUAACAACACGAGCAACAUGGUGCUUAUGGAUAUUCUGUUCCGGUUAGUCGAACAUUACAUGGUGGAACAAGAACUUGUUCGCGAGCAAGAUGGCGACGGUGAUGACUAUUUAAGGCUUGGAAGCGCGACCUUGUAGCAAAGUUACAACACGUAACAUUUGUGUUUUGAAGCGGUAUGAAAUGAGAAGGAAGUUUAAAUGGGUUAAAGACAUAUUUCCUCUGGUAAUGAAGGGGACGAGGGCAUAGAUUUACCAAAAAAAUGGGGUGCCAUAGAUUUACCGAAAACAGCUUCAAUGAUCCAAAAAAAGACCUUUAUUGUGUUUAAAACUGCAGUUUUUCAUAUUUUUGGUGUUUAUUUUUUUAUGUAGGAAUCUUUUGUGGUUAUAAAGAUUCAGACCAUCGGAAUCAUCAAUCUUUACACCAUGAAAUGUCAUGGAUUUAAUAUUGAGAGAAUAUUUAAUCUGACUUCAUAAUCACUAGGAUGAUAAUAAGAGUUGUCUUUCUUACUUUUAUCUCCCAUUUACUACCGUGUUUAUUUAUUAGACCUAUUACAAAAGAGUAAAGUUCAUGGCAAUAUUAAUCAUUUAUAGACCCUAAAGUUUACUAAAUGUCAUUGUGCUUAAUAACGAUAAGAGAAUCUUUAUCGAAACGUCGUGUUUGUGUAAUAAACCAGUGAUUGUUG